AAAAUCCAGAGAUACUUCUCCGCCCAGCACUGGGAUCGAACUGUACAUGCGAUAUAAAAUAAAUGCGACUACUUGUUCGAUCAAUGGUGUGGCUGUCGCUCUGACAAUGCACUCUGCGUGAUACACGAGAAACUGGAAGUUCCGACAAAUGUGGAUAUUUAUAGAAUUCUAGUCAUCAUACAGAAAUCCCAUUUAUAUUUAGCUGUAUAGAAGGGAAGCAUCGACAGUGUCAGCGUCAGAAUCCAAACGUCUAUGAGAGAAAUUACAACAUAUCAGCACCCAAGGGCCAAAAAGCAAGAAAUGCCUAAAAUAAACAGAUUUGUGAUAAUAUAGUACCAUCGAACUCCAUGGAUACACCUGAAUUAAAAAUUGAAAUAGCUACCUCUUCAGAGGCUGGUUAUUCUGGCGAAGAAAACUGCACAAAGAAUAGCAAAAAACAACAUGAUAGUUAUGUAUUAUUUAAAAACCUGCAAGCCAGUGACUUAGGCCAAUAUUCAGACGACGAUUUGUUUAUUUAUAUUAAGUAUAUGGGAAGUCGAACUGUUCGGGUUACUGUGUACAACGAAGAUCAUACACAUUUUGAAAAUGCUACUGGUUUUAUAUGCAAGAGAAAUGGGGAGGUGUACGUUGUUACAAAUUCGCACGUCAUUAAUUCUGAACUGAAAGCCGAAAACUGUACCAUUGAUUUUAAUUACGAGGACGAGGAAGGCACCAAUACUAUCACAACACGUGGAACAAAACUAAGACACGUGAACCCGAAAAGAGACUAUUGUCAAAUUGAAUUUGAGACCGGGCCUGUACGUCAUAUUACAGAUGCUAUCCUUGAUUUAUGGAAUUAUAAUGUAUGGGUGAGGUUCCCCGGGGAAAGAGAAGAAGAAAAGUACUACAUAUUAAAAAUGGACCGUGACUUCGUUCUACAAACGACAUCUCUCUUAAAUCACAAAGAACUUCCAGAUCAACCAAUAGAGGUGAGAUUUAACGACAAUAGUGUUAGCCAAAUCACCGAGAUCUACAAACGAACACCAGAUUACGAUUAUGUUAAGUUCGGUCCCGUACCUCAAUGGCUGAUAAGUUUUCACCAAGCUGUGCUUCCUGUAUUAAAUAUCAAUGGUGAUAAGGCAAUCUCAGUUAUCAGUAUCUCUCACCCCCAUGGCUUACCGAAGAAGGUUUCCAUAGGCGAACAACUAGACGAAGGCGACAACGGAUAUGUUCUUUACCAUUCUGCUACAACAUGUUUCGGAAGUAGUGGGUCCCCAGUCUUCAGAAUUGGUAUCAAAGACAUUGGUAAAUUCCCAAGGACAAUGCUGUAUACACACUACGAAGGGGCGGCCCUCCACGAAUAUAACGACAAAAGCAUUCGCUCGGGAAACUACAACAAAGCAACUCUGAAUACGAGGAGACCGAAUAGACCCAGCGUAAAAUCCUAAAGACAAAAAUAUUGUGUUGUCUUAAAGUCAUGUCAAAUUAAUAGGAUAAUUCAAGCAAUAUGAGCGCGUGGUUGUACUUUUGUAGGUUCUAUUUUAACUCUCUCUGGCUCAGAGUAGGAUAUCUUUCGCGAUGGUGAAAUGUGAAACAGAACUGGACUACAUAACGAGGCAUUGCGCGUGGAUAUUAAAAUGGUUUACCAUUAAUGUUAAGUGUUGUGUGCUAAAAUCAUUUCCUAAACCCUAAACUUAGUCUUUCGUUGAAAUUUAUAAAUAGUACAGUGGAUGCUUCUGCUCAGAGUUCUGAUACUAUAUGCGCAUGAAACGUUGAUUUUGUUUGUCGUGGACUUGAGAGUAUUUCUUACUGGCCAAUUAGAUCAUAUAAGUAUGUUUAUAGUUUAUUAGAUCAAAGGAUUUUUUUUCCAUCUCGGGGUAUAUAUAGAGAGCUGGGGUUUAAAAUCCCUACCCGACAAAAACUGUCAUUUCAAAUUGAACUGUCCGAUAGUAUAUAUCGGUAACAUAAGAUUAUGUCUAUUUUUUUAUUUACAUGUAUUGAAAUAUACAGCAGUGAGUCUAGAGCAUCCGCCAUUGUACGCGACCGUGUCACUCUGACAUAAUAAAGACAGUCGUGGCGUAAACACAUAAUGUAGGCUAUACAUGUAUUAUGAAAUCGUUUAUUUGAUGGAGAACUAGACAUGGGUGUAAUACUACAUUCCACAGAAUUGUAUCAUUAGGUCCUAUCACUAAAUGAUCUAGGCUAUACAUGUAUGUAGGCGAUUUGUUUAUUUAUAUUAAGUAUAUGGGAAGUCGAACUGUUCGGGUUACUGUGUACAACGAAGAUCAUACACAUUUUGAAAAUGCUACUGGUUUUAUAUGCAAGAGAAAUGGGGAGGUGUACGUUGUUACAAAUUCGCACGUCAUUAAUUCUGAACUGAAAGCCGAAAACUGUACCAUUGAUUUUAAUUACGAGGACGAGGAAGGCACCAAUACUAUCACAACACGUGGAACAAAACUAAGACACGUGAACCCGAAAAGAGACUAUUGUCAAAUUGAAUUUGAGACCGGGCCUGUACGUCAUAUUACAGAUGCUAUCCUUGAUUUAUGGAAUUAUAAUGUAUGGGUGAGGUUCCCCGGGGAAAGAGAAGAAGAAAAGUACUACAUAUUAAAAAUGGACUGUGACUUCGUUCUACAAACGACAUCUCUCUUAAAUCACAAAGAACUUCCAGAUCAACCAAUAGAGGUGAGAUUUAACGACAAUAGUGUUAGCCAAAUCACCGAGAUCUACAAACGAACACCAGAUUACGAUUAUGUUAAGUUCGGUCCCGUACCUCAAUGGCUGAUAAGUUUUCACCAAGCUGUGCUUCCUGUAUUAAAUAUCAAUGGUGAUAAGGCAAUCUCAGUUAUCAGUAUCUCUCACCCCCAUGGCUUACCGAAGAAGGUUUCCAUAGGCGAACAACUAGACGAAGGCGACAACGGAUAUGUUCUUUACCAUUCUGCUACAACAUGUUUCGGAAGUAGUGGGUCCCCAGUCUUCAGAAUUGGUAUCAAAGACAUUGGUAAAUUCCCAAGGACAAUGCUGUAUACACACUACGAAGGCGCGGCCCUCCACGAAUAUAACGACAAAAGCAUUCGCUCGGGAAACUACAACAAAGCAACUCUGAAUACGAGGAGACCGAAUAGAACUAGCGUAAAAUCCUAAAGACAAAAAUAUUGUGUUGUCUUAAAGUCAUGUCAAAUUAAUAGGAUAAUUCAAGCAAUAUGAGCGCGUGGUUGUACUUUUGUGGGUUCUAUUUUAACUCUCUCUGGCUCAGAGUAGGAUAUCUUUCGCGAUGGUGAAAUGUGAAACAGAACUGGACUACAUAACGAGGCAUUGCGCGUGGAUAUUAAAAUGGUUUACCAUUAAUGUUAAGUGUUGUGUGCUAAAAUCAUUUCCUAAACCCUAAACUUAGUCUUUCGUUGAAAUUUAUAAAUAGUACAGUGGAUGCUUCUGCUCGGAGUUCUGAACUAUAUGCGCAUGAAACGUUGAUUUUGUUUGUCGUGGACUUGAGAGUAUUUCUUACUGGCCAAUUAGAUCAUAUAAGUAUGUUUAUAGUUUAUUAGAUCAAAGGAUUUUUUUUCCAUCUCGGGGUAUAUAUAGAGAGCUGGGGUUUAAAAUCCCUACCCGACAAAAACUGUCAUUUCAGGACUAACAUGUGGUUCAAGUUUAUUUCAAUAAUUUACUGGGCAGUUGAUCCUACUCCUUGUCACGUACAUGCGGGGGUCUAAACAACGUCACUUAACUUAGGGAAAUACCUAAUAAUCUGAAACACACCCGUUAAACUAUAACGGCCACCCACUCCCCUCAUCUUAAGGUUAUAUUUUGUAAAUGAGCAUGUUAAACCCCAUUUCAUUUCAUGUAUCAUUGUUUCCGCUGUAUUACUGUAUCCAAAUGGAGUGUACAAAAUCUUUGUUUGUAUCUUUUGCAAUUAAUAAUUUUCGGGUUUUAUGGGAAGUGUAUAUUUGACUGUAGUGUGUGUGUCUUGUUCACAGGUUGUCUUUUGGCUAUUGUUUGUGUGGUGUGGUCCUCCUGCAUUUUUAAUUUACAAUAUUUAUUCAUGUAUCAUUGGUUUAUUAAGAUGUUUACAAUAUUUAUUCAUGUGGUCUAUUUAUCUAAUGUUAAAAUAUGUCGGUGUGUU